UCCAGAUUUGGGUAAAUUUAACAAAUCUACUGGUUGGAAAUCAACAGUAAACAACGUCUUUUGCAACCUGUGGAAUUCAAUUCUCAAUAAAGCCGACUAAAAGAUUCGAUCAAUGAUGCAACAGCAAGUGAAACUGCUACUUGCACUAGCAGCUUUGCUAGGAGCAGCCAACGCUCAACGCGGAUGCCCUAACCAAGUUGAUUGCACCGACGAUCCAUGUGCGACUGCCACCUGUCCUUCCUUCAUGGAUACAGAAUGCCGCGUCAACAACUGUUCCGGAGAAUGCACUGCAGAUUUCUUCACUACAAAAGGCAGUCGAGAUGUGAAUGUGACAAACAAUUGCUUCAAAUACUUCGAGACAUGCAAGGAAGAUACUUGCAACAUACGAAGGAAAUGUAUGACCUACACUCCGGAGGUUUGCAAGAAUGGAAGAAUCUGUCAAAACAUAAGGUGUGAGAUUGAAAGUCUCCCUCCUUUGACUUGUGAAGAUCUUGUCUGUACCGACGACAAAACAAAGUGUGAGACCACCCAGACAACCCGUGGGACACAAGCUCGCUGCGUAGUGAGUAUUCCAGACAACUGUGAUGAAAAAAAGUGCGAUGAGGGAAUGGUUUGUGAGGUCAGGACCAGAGGUAAAGAUGGGGUCCAAGUUGCAAGAUGUGUAGCCGACAAGAAAGACUCUACAAAUCCAAGAAGGGGCGCCACGUGCGCUGAAGUUGAAUGCGAUGAAGACGAAGUUUGUCUCAUGCUCAGUGACGACAAUGGAGCAAGGUGUGCUAACCCACCGCCCCCUACUGAUUGCAGCCAGCUGCAGUGUGAACAGGGAAUGGAUUGUUUGCCAACUGAGAAUAAAAAGAGAGUUCGAUGUGUACGGAGGAAAGAGCCUUUUGGAGAUUCUAAUCCGACAGAGCGUCCAUCGGGUGCCACUCCUCUGCCAGUACUGGCAAGGUCAUGUGAUCAGCUCGACUGCGAGCCAGGCUACAGCUGUCGGAUGGUGGCCAACAAAGCGAAGAAUGGGAAUAGACAACCAUUGCCUACAUGCAAGCCUGAUGAAUGCCCCACAAGGAAACCACGAGGUCCUCCGAGGAGUUGCAGACAGCUGGAGUGUGGGCGUGAGGAGGUGUGUGUGACAUGUGGAGAGGGAGAGAAGACUAGAGCGAGGUGCCUAGCAACUGAGAGACCAAACAUGCGUCAAGGUAAUACCACAAACCCAGGACGACUGGGAAACCAUACCAAACCACGCAAUACAACUUCGGGCAAUGGAACCAGACCAACUGGCAAACCCGUACGUCCAACUAGACCCUCAGGCAAUGGAACCAGACCAACUGGCAGGCCCACUGUUGUACGUCCAACUAGACCCUCAGGCAAUGGAACCAGACCAACCGGCAGGCCUGUACGUCCAACUAGGCCCUCAGGCAAUGGAACCAGACCAACUGGAGGAAGACCAACCGGCAGGCCUGUACGUCCAACUAGACCCUCAGGCAAUGGAACCAGACCAACUGGCAGGCCCACUGUUGUACGUCCAACUAGACCCUCAGGCAAUGGAACCAGACCAACCGGCAGGCCUGUACGUCCAACUAGGCCCUCAGGCAAUGGAACCAGACCAACUGGAGGAAGACCAACCGGCAGGCCCAACCGUCCACGUAAUGCCACAACACCAGACCAACGUGCAAACAGGUGUAAAGAAGCUGAGUGUCGCCGUGGUUUCAGAUGUAUCCAGGUUCGUAGGGGGGAGCGUCAAGUGCCCACCUGUGUGCGUGUAAUCGAUGAAGUGUGUCGACUGGGCCCCGAACAAAGAGAAAUUUUCGGAAAGGGUGGACUGACAAAGCCAGAUGAAAGAGAAGACGGAAAGAGUAAGUUCGAAGAAGGCGAUAUGGAAGAAGACGACGAAACGCCAGAGAGGCCUAACAAGAAGGAGGAAGGAGACGACGAAACAGAAGACGAUGAAGAGUCCGAGAGGCGUAACAAGAAGGAGGAAGGAGACGACGAAACAGAAGACGAAGAGUCCGAGAGGCGCAACAAGAAGGAGGAAGGAGACAACGAAACAGAAGACGACGAAGAGUCCGAGAGGCGUAACAAGAAUGAGGAAGGAGACGACGAAACAGAAGACAAUGAAGAGUCCGAGAGGCGUAACAAGAAGGAAGAAGGAGACGACGAAACAGAAGAUGAUGAUAAGGAUGAGGACAGCUCUACCCCUCGACCACGCCCACGCCCUACUAAUCUCCGCCUACCCGACCUAUGUUCUGAGCGAGCUUGCUGUCCUGGAGAGAAAUGCUACAUCAGCAGUACCGAAGGAGGAAGACCACGACUAGCUUUCUGUGCACCAGCUGGCUUCACAGGGGAAGUCCCCCCUGGUCCCCCAUCCCCUACAUGUGAGGAGUUAGAGUGUGGAGAAAGAUUUGAAUGCCGCGAGAGAAAAGAAAACGGACUAACAAUCGGCAGAUGUGCGAGGAAAGAAACUGACGGACCGCAACCAACCGGCAGGCCCACUGUACGUCCAACUAGACCCUCAGGCAAUAGAACCAGACCUACUGGAGGAAGACCAACCGACAGGCCCUCAGGCAAUACAGAUAAGCCUCGUCCUACUGGAGGAAGACCAACUGGCAGGCCCUCAGGCAAUACAGAUAAGCCUCGUCCUACUGGAGGAAAACCAACCGACAGGCCCUCAGGCAAUACUCGACCUACUGGAGGAAAACCAACCGACAGGCCCUCAGGCAAUACUCGACCUACUGGAGGAAAACCAACCGGCAGGCCCUCAGGUAAUACAGAUAAGCCUCGACCUACUGGAGAGAGACCAUCGAACAGGCCUACAGCCAGACCUCGUCCGCAAACGGAAUCGAAACCAAAUCCAACAAGGCCCUCAAGGCCGAAUCCAACAAGGCCCUCAAGGCCUCUAAAGCCUGGACGCUAAGAGUUUAUUCUCAAGAAAAUUGAACACAGAGUAGAGAUUGAUAGAACAAAAGUAGAAACUAGAAUAUGAGAACAAACGUAGUGUGAUUCAGAUACUUUAGCUAGUAUAUGUAUCUUGAUUGAACUUUUGGUUGAUACUUCAUAAAAAAGUUGAGAAAUGAGCACAA